UUUAUUUUGUUCCCGUUAGAGUUUUACAGCCUAUUAUUGGCUACAUAGAAUAUAACCAAAAUCCAUAAUUGAUCAAACUUUUAUGCAUCUUGCAAAUUUUUCUUAUUUCACGGGCAUGUGCAACGUGACGGCAGAUUUGCACCACUCGCCUGCCGAGGCGGCCAGUCCGGUGGUGAUGUCUCCAAAUUUGAGCCUGGAAUCCCCGAUUCCUCCUGCUGCUCUCCACCACCAAGCUCGAACGAAUGACAGUGUUCUAAUCAAAGCCGAGCCACAAGGCAGCAGUCCAAACACAGAAAGAGACGAAGGGAUUUCAGUGGGUCAAACCGAGGAACAUCUGCCUGCCACUGGGAGCCGGCGAAGAAAAAGGCCGGUGCAGCGCGGAAAACCACCUUACAGUUACAUCGCCCUCAUAGCAAUGGCCAUCGCCAACUCACCCGAGAGAAAACUCACCCUGGGUGGCAUCUAUAAAUUUAUAAUGGAGCGCUUUCCGUUUUACCGCGAGAACUCUAAAAAGUGGCAGAAUUCAAUACGGCAUAACCUCACUCUUAACGACUGUUUCGUGAAGAUCCCUCGAGAGCCCGGUAGGCCCGGCAAAGGAAACUACUGGACGCUCGACCCCGGCGCUGAGGACAUGUUCGAUAAUGGCAGUUUUUUACGAAGAAGAAAAAGAUUCAAGCGGACUGAUCUGAGUACGUACCCUGGGUACAUACAGAGCUCCAGCGCGUUUACGCCCACACCUAUGGGUAGACAGACAUACCCCAACACAAUGUACCCCAGUAUGACAUCGGGCUACGGGUCUCAGUUGACUGGAUCUUCGCAUCCAACGAUGCUGCAUCAUUAUCAGACAUCGGCGCAAGGUCAGACUAGGAUGUUUAGCAUCGAGAAUAUCAUCAAUCAGCAGACGGUCAUGCAAAGUGGACCAGGAGGAGACCUCAAUACGCAGUCGCUCGGACUCGGCGCGGGAGACAUGGGUAUAAUGACAUCCACCUGUUCCGUAUCGACCUCCGACCCUACAUGCUUUCAGACACAACUGAUGAAUCCCACAAGUAGGAACACUGGAAUUGCUUCAAACAUGACCACCAGCUACGCGUACCCCACGUCAGCAUCACCUACGCACCUUUCCGGGGUCACCCAGUCCAACUUCUCUCCAGGGGGUUCACAAGGGUACUGUUCGGUGAAUAGAAUUGCGCUCUCGACUGUGCGUUCUGGGUCGUGCGCCGAGCACACGGAUUCCCUUUUGGGUCUCUCCGGACCAGCAAUGAACUCUUACAAUAAUACAUAUAUGAGACAAGCAAAUUUUGCACCUGGACUAGAGCGAUACAUGUGA